UCUAUUUAUAAUACCAUCUCAUCUCUCCGUUGUUGGACAGAUGAGCUGCCCCUUUCGUCUCUCCCAAUGCUUCAACUCCAUCUGAUCCCACUGAUCUUUUAGACACUACUUCUCUCCUUCUUCCUCAACCUCUUCCAUCGUCUUAGCUUCUUCAUUCAUUUUCCUGAUCGAUCAUGGGUUCCAAGAUACGAAGGAAGCAGCAGAUGUGGUACGUCCCGCAGCCAUUGACGCCGCUGAUGGAAUGGCCCGACCCGGAGCUGCAGGAAGAAGGGAGCAAAAAGGAGAGUUCUUGGGAAGUCAUACGUGAAUGGUUUAGAACAACAAAAACUUCUCCGGGAGGUAGUUUUUCGGGUUCCUUGGAUGGAAAUAUUCCGGCCAAGAAGCAGGAUUUGAGGCUCUUGCUUGGUGUCCUAGGUUGUCCCCUCGCUCCAAUUCCCCUAGUACUCAAUGACCCUAUUGAUCGCCUCCACAUGAAAGAGAAAGACAUUCCUAUGGAAACUUCCAUUGCACAUUACAUUAUACAGCAAUAUUUGGCGGCGACGGGAUGUCUAAAACGAGAGUGUGCAAAGACCAUGUAUGCAACUGGCAUGGUGAAGAUGAUUUGUUGUGAAACGGAGGUUUCUUCUGGGAAAAACGUGAAGACGUUGGGAACAAGAAGUGGGGAGAACGGUUGCUUUGUUCUUUGGCAAAUGCUGCCGGGAAAGUGGUCUCUGGAUCUGGUUGUGGGAAAUAAUCAAGUGAUCGCCGGUAGUGAUGGGAAGAUUGUUUGGCGUCACACCUCUUGGCUUGGCACGCACGCGGCCAAAGGGCCCCAACGCCCGCUGCGCCGUUUAAUACAGGGCCUAGAUCCAAAAACCACAGCCAGCUUAUUUGCGAAUGCCCAAUGCUUGGGGGAGAAACGAAUCGGCCACGACGACUGCUUUGUGUUAAAAGUAUCCGCCGAUCGCGCCGCCGUGAUGGAAAGGAACGAGGGCCCUGCGGAGGUGAUCAGGCAUGUAUUAUACGGCUAUUUCUGCCAGAAGAGUGGCCUCCUUGUAUACCUGGAGGACUCCCACCUGACAAGGGUGCAAACCACAGAAAACGAAUCCGUGUACUGGGAGACAAGCAUCGGAAGCAGCAUCGGAGACUAUAAGGACAUCGACGGCGUGCUCAUUGCUCAUCAGGGAAGGUCGAUUGCCACGGUUUUCAGGUUUGGGGAGUUGUCCCAGCAACAUAGUCGGACCAGAAUGGAGGAAGUCUGGAAGAUCGAUGAUGUCGUCUUUAAUGUUCCGGGACUCUCUCUUGACUACUUCAUCCCUCCGGCUGACAUCGUUGAUAACGUACACUCCGGCCCCUUGAUUGACUAACCUUAGGAUGUAUUUUCCUUCAUGUUUUUUUUUUUUCUUUUCUUUUUGCUAAUUACAAUAUAAUAUUGGUGGGUUUAUGGUGUAA